AUGGUGCCUGAUCGGCUAACUCUGCAUAUGAUGGAAAAGAAGCCGAUGGAGACUUUUAGGCAAUACGGGCAAAGAUGGAGGGAUAUCUCGACUCAAAUAGAACCCCCAUUGACUAAAACUAAAAUAAUGGUCCUCUUCAUCAACACUUUGAAAGCACCAUUUUAUGAUAAGUUGGUAGGAAGUGCCACAAAAGACUUCGCAGAUAUUGUAAUAUCCGGGGAACUUAUAGAAAAUGCCAUCAAAAGUGGAAGGAUGGAAGGUUCUGAGAGCUCGAAAAGGGCAGCACCCAUAAGGAAAAAAGAAGGAGAAACCCAUAUGGUGGGAAUUGGGAGCCACCACACUUCUAAUCCUUACCUAACCCAGCCACGACCUCGAUAUCACCUGCCUCCAAACUUUUAUUAUCCUCCCCAAAGCCCUUACUAUCAAGCACCUCCUCCUUACCCCGUCUACGCCACAGAUAACCAAAGACCAUUUGCCAUGUUCCCACCAAAAACCAUGCCUGCUCAAAACCAACCCAAAAAUGAACAAAGACCGAUAAGAUCCAAUCUUGAAAAACCCCAGUUCACCCCAAUUCCCGUGUCAUACGGAGAGCUGUACCCAAAACUGUUGGAAAAACAAUUAAUAUCCCUACAUUAUAUGACACCCCUAAAGCCUCCAUACCUGAAAUGGUACGAACCUAAUGCUAGUUAUAUGUACCACGUUGGAAACCAGGGGCACUCUACAGAAAAUUGUUUGGCCUUUAAAAGGAGGGUUCAAGGUCUUAUUGAUGCAGGCAUUCUACGAUUUGAUGAUGCAGGCAAUACGGUUGGAAAUCCGCUCCCUAACCACACUGAAGGGAACAUGAACGCGGUGACAAAAGAAGAUAGAAGGCGUGCCAAAAGUUGUGUUUCUAAAAUAAAGAUACCGCUGCGAAAGAUUUGUGAGGUAAUGGUUGAAAAGGGGCCGUUCUGUCAUCCCAAUAGCAUUCUCAAGUGUUUUUGUGAUUUUCAUGGGAUCGAGGGGCAUGACAUCCAGUCUUGUGAAGGAUUCAGAAAACUACUUCAAGACAUGAUAGACAACAAGGAAGUCGAGAUCUUUAACAAAAUGAAAGAAGACGAUGAAAGAGAAGUAUGCACUUCUGAUAAUCAAUCAUCGGAUUUCCCUUAUAGUGCCGAUCGACCAUUGGUGAUUUAUUAUAAUGCAAAAAAGGAGCAAGUGAAACCAAAGAUGAUAAUUGAAGUACAUUCUCAUUUCCCUUACAAAGAUAACAAGGCAGUACCAUGA